AUGAAGCAAGAAAGGAUGGCAGCUAACGGAAGGUUGUGUGUAGGUGGACUCGAGAAAACAGACAGAGGUAGCACUUGGAUGAAGUACGUCCAGACAGACUCUUGCCGUCUCGACCGUCCGUCUGUCCGCCCGACAAAUGGUUCGAUUGCAGCACAUCGCUCUGCCUGCCAUUAUGGUUGUUACGGUGGUCGCCAGUUCAACACUAACGCUCGAGUGUUUGCGAUCACCGACCGAAACGUCGAACACUUGAGAGAGUUCGGGCAUCCUGGGUAG